CGGGGUCCUGCAGGGCCGUUGACAUUCAGCAGCUGACGGCGGAGCGACGCGGUGUCACUGAUCGAUAUCGGUGAUCGGUUGUACCUAUCAGGUGGUACCGUGUUUAUUUUAACAGUUAAUAAAACAUGAAUUUCGUCAGAUCUCGUCUUUUCGGUGGAAACUUUAUCGGUCAGAGGUGCAGACAGGUCUCUGAAACAUGGAGCCACAGAGGGAUGUGCGAUAAACCACAGGUCAAAGCAGAGCCUUCUCCACCUGCAGCUCCAGCACAAGCAACUCGUGCUGGUUUCAGAGUCCCAGGCUACCGACCCUCAGAGAUGGACAAGAAGAUUCUGGUGUGGUCGGGACGCUUUAAGACAUUGGACCAGAUACCAGAGCUUGUGUCGUUUGAGAUGAUUGAUGCUGCCAGAAACAGAAUCAGGGUGAAAGCCUGCUACGUAAUGAUUGGCAUCACAAUAGGGUCGUGUCUGGUGAUGGUCAUCCUGGGAAAGCGGGCUGCAGGCAGGCACGAGUCCCUGACAGGUCAAAACAUGGAGAAGAAAGCUAAAUGGAGGGAAGAACUAAUUAAAGAGAGGGAAGCUGCUCUUACCCUGUCCGAGAAGGCUCAGUGAUGAAGGACAACUAAUACCUACCCAACCGUGUCGUUAUCCCCCAAAUGUUGGGCCAAUGAUGUCCCAAUAAUGCUAUAUGUAUCACAACCUCAGAGCUCUCCCUUUCCAUCCUACAGACCGUUCAGAAGAUAUUAGAGCAGUUCAUACUUAGUAGCACUUUUGAAACCUGGAGAUUGACUUCAAUGAUUACAACAACAACCAUUGAUUAUUUAACCAUCUGAAACCCAAUGUAAGGUUUUAUCUUUUCAGGGAAUGUAUCGAGGUUAUAAACUGGCACCUUUUUCACUAAAAAUGGUUGUGGCGGUAGCAUGUGGUCACCAGAGGAGAGUGGAAACCUGAUUAUGAUGUAAGCUGGGUACUCUUAAUAGAGGUUUUGGGGUUUUUAUAACAUUCUUUGCAUUUACUACACAGCCAAAUAAUGAUUUUCAGAUAAAAAAUCUGAACCGACACAUUGAUUUCCAGCUCUGAAAUGCCUUAGGUAGCCCUCUGUUUUUAAACGUGCCUCUGAGGCAACAAUCUUUUGCGUUUAUCUGCCUUCUGAAGACUGAUCUCCAAUUUCCUUAAGAGAACGUCACAAAGUGGAUCAGACAUGCUCAAUCUGUACAAUAGUCUGUCCUGAUACUCAUGUAAUUAAGACUGGUUUGUUCAUGACUGAUGUAACAUCUCUGUAUGUUUGUAUAUAGUGAGCACCAAAAAAUAGAAGUUCAAUAAAAGUUCAAGUUCAAGCUU